AUGCUCAUCCAUAUCUUACUCACCGCCAUCCCAUGGCAGAUGACUUUUGAGUCGACUCAAAAGUCGCUGAUGACCUGGAUGCUCAUCCAUAUCUUACUCACCGCCAUCCCAUGGCAGAUGACUUUUGAGUCGACUCAAAAGUCGCUGAUGACCUGGAUGCUCAUCCAUAUCUUACUCACCGCCAUCCCAUGGCAGAUGACUUUUGAGUCGACUCAAAAGUCGCUGAUGACCUGGAUGCUCAUCCAUAUCUUACUCACCGCCAUCCCAUGGCAGAUGACUUUUGAGUCGACUCAAAAGUCGCUGAUGACCUGGAUGCUCAUCCAUAUCUUACUCACCGCCAUCCCAUGGCAGAUGACUUUUGAGUCGACUCAAAAGUCGCUGAUGACCUGGAUGCUCAUCCAUAUCUUACUCACCGCCAUCCCAUGGCAGAUGACUUUUGAGUCGACUCAAAAGUCGCUGAUGACCUGGAUGCUCAUCCAUAUCUUACUCACCGCCAUCCCAUGGCAGAUAUCACAACCUGUGCUGAAAGAGGCUCGCGUGGCGGAUGUGAUGGGGAAGACGGAAGAGACCCGCACCAUGCUGGUGCUGGACCCGCAUGCCACGGUACACCAAGCCAUGGAGAUGCUUGGCUCGAGGGGCUUCCAUCGAGCCCUCGUUCCCAACGUGUGCCCACAAGACCAUGAUCAGAGCACCGCCAUGCCCAUGCCUGCGCUGCUGCAGUCGAGGCUGGGAGGGGGGGAAGGGGGGACGGCAGGCGAGGAAUACCGAGUGCUGUCUCAGAUGGACAUUGCUGCGUUCAUGCUCAAACACGAGGGCCUUCUAGGCCUAGCACUGGCUAAGAGCAUCGAUGACAUCGGCCUGGUCUGGCCAUCAGUCGUCUCUGUAACGCCAUCUACUCCUCUUCUCGAUGCCUUCAACAAGUUCCGAAUAAGAGGGGUGAGUGCAUCUCAUGCGAUAGGGGAGGUUCCAAAGAGGCUGUAA